AUGGCGCCAGGAUCCCCACGAUGGCAGACUGCCCUUACGCGCUCUCUGAGCCUGCCAGAGAACAACAAGGAGUAUAACGGUGGGGUCCAGAUGGCUACUCUGGAUGACGGCGAUGUCCCGCGCGUCCGCACAGUCGGAUCCAAAGGAAUCCUGCACCCCGAGGGCUUCCCCAACUUGCCCGUGUUCGUGUUUUCUACGGACGUGCGAAUGGAGAAGGCUCCCCAGUUGCGGAAGCACCCUCGCGUGGAGUUCGUCUGGUGGUUCCGCGGCUCGAGCGAGCAGUACCGAUUCACUGGUGUCGCGCGCGUUAUCACUUCGCCCGACGUCGACCUGGGGCCUGCUGGACCCAUCCAAGAAGAAACCCUAGCAUUGGAUACGCUAGACAAGCAGGGGUAUGACUGGCAGAAGAAGAUUCGGGAGCUCUACAGCGAGGGCGAUGACGAUGGGUCCCGGGCGAGCUUCAAUCGUCCCCCGCCCGGAACGCGCAUCCCGUCGUACGAGACGGCCAAGGAUUGGGUUCAGGCCGUGCCAAAGCUGGGGCAGGCGAAAGACGAUGUGGACCGGCGUAAUCAGGAGGAAGGACUGCGGAAUUACGCUCUGCUCCUUGUCGAAGCAUUCGAAGUCGACUGGUGCGAGCUUGCGCUAAAGCCUCAUCAGAGGACGAAGUUCAGGCGACACGGCGACGCAUGGGAGGAAUGGCCGGUUGUACCGUAA